GAAGGAACCCAACAUCGUUGCUCAAUCAAUUAACUGCUAAGGACUCUGCCCCAGCUUUUUUUGGUUUUCCAUUUCAUUUCAGGGUUGAAAAGGUCAGCCAUGCUUUAUCCAUCCCAUCAAUUAAUAAAUAGACUUCACAUACCUCCUCCUCCAUUCUCAACUUUAGGCUCAAUCUACAAAACUCUAAAUAUUACAUACAAUUUACUGCUUCCACCACAUACAUAGGCAUCACUUUCAUCUUGCUUCCUGUGCAGGUAUCUUGAUAGCAGUCCUGCUUCUCAUUCACCUCACCUCACCUUAUGGUUUUCAAUGUUCACGCUGUGAUUCUAAGUUCCAAUUUGGCCUCACAUUUUUUAAAACUACACUUCACUAAUUUCAUCAUAUUUAUUUAGAUUUAGACAUGUGCUAUAACUUGUGGGCUGCAGGUCAUUGCUCUGACUGAGGAACUGCUUGCCACAGCCAAGCAAAAUGAGAUUUCUGGUUCAGAUAUUGGGACUAGUGCUAGUAAACCACUUUCCAAAUCUAAGGAAUCAGCAGAACUAUCUGAUGCUCAAGACAAGUUCCCUGUUGGAACAAAAGUUCAAGCUGUUUGGAGUGAAGAUGGCGAGUGGUAUGAUGCUACAAUUGAGGCCAUCACGCCAAAUGGGUAUCAAGUUUCCUAUGACGGAUGGGGAAAUCAGGAAGAGGUGGAUCCUGACAAUGUAAGGCCAAUUGAGUCGAAUGCUUUGCUGGAAGCUGAGAGGGUUGCUGAAGCAACAAAGCAAGCUAUUAAACGUAAGAUUGCACAAGCUGCUUCUGUUGAUUUCCAAUCACGAAGUUUACCAGCAAAACUUCGUAUAGAACCUGAUGACCCAGAAGAUGUGAAAAGUGCCAAGCGUAAGAAAAUACAUGCUUUUAAGUCAAAAAUGCGGUUUGAGCAACUUGAAGUAACUCAAAAUAAGCGGCAAAAUGCUUGGCAGCAGUUCCAAUCAACCAAAGGCAAGACUAAAAAGGUUGGGUUUUUCUCGGGGCGCAAGCGAGAGAGCAUUUUCAAGUCUCCUGACGAUCCCAAUGGUAAGGUUGGUGUUACUGGAAGUGGUAAGGGCUUGACCGAGUUUCAGAAGAGAGAGAAGCACUUACAUCUCAAGGGAGGGAAUGUUGAGAUAGCUGAUGAUUAGAUUUUAGCCCAAUUGUUAGUGCUUCUUCUUGUCUCAGUGUUGCCUUGGUAGUUAACCAUUCCAACUACCAAAUUCUCCUUUAUGUAUGGAGGGAGGUAUUGCGAACAUUUACAGCCUAGGAAGUGUCGACCUUAUAAUGAUACAACUAAUUGAAUUUUUUUUUUCUAAAUUGUGCCAAAAAAAUAAUGCAUGUGACUUGAU